GGGGGCGCCGCUCGUUUUAACCCUUCAGACGGGAAGCGAAGGAAAAAAGGGUGAGUGAGUGGAUUUCUCAAGGGCCAAAGGCUUUGUUGUGCAUAGUCAGAGCCUUAUUUAUUUAUAUAAAGGAGCUUGUUCCCCUUCAAAGUUGGGGCUUUAUUGUCCCAACAGGCUUUUGGGAACUGACUGUUUUUAAGGAAAGGGCUGGUGCUGUGAUGUUUUUAAUGGUACUUAUCUGUAUGUUUUAACAGAUUAUUUGCAAUGUUUAAUUGCUUUUUAGGGUUGUCCCCCCCCCCCCCCACGUUUUUAGCUGUUUCUGUUUUAUCUGUGAGCCACCUUGAGUCUCAUCAGGGAAAAAGUCAGGGAAUAAUAAUAAUGAUACUGUAAUGAUAUUUAGAACCUACCCCAGUCCUGUGGUUGUAAUUCUCCCCCUACCCAUUUCCUUUUUUUAAAAAAAAAAAAGAUUGUGACCUGCCCUGAGACCUUAAGGUGAAAAGUGUGCAAUAAAUCAAAACAACAAGGAUUGCUUUAUUUCAUUUUGACAUGGUGGAACCCUGAAAUCGCUUGAGAUCCUGUUCUGCAUGUCCACUGCAGUGCACCUCUGAAAGAAAUAAGCCUCAUUGCUCAGAGGCUUCGGAAACACUGUUGUCAUGGAUAGAAAUCUAGUUAUUGAUUAUAAAAUGCAAAUAAGGGCAGAGGAUCUGCUGUUUGGGAUGCUUUCAAUCAAGGAAACACAGGUUGUGACAGAACACCCUGCAUUGGUUAAUUGCAUAGAAUCUCCUGCCUGGAAGACGAAGGGAGGAAGUAUUUUUAGAAUUUAAGACAGUAAGACUGCCUUUAUUUCCUGCCUACCCACACUUAUUGGUGGGAAAGCCCGUCAAUUGGAUAAUGCACUUAGACUGCUGCAAAGUACAGUCUAAAAAUUAUGUUAUUCAUAACAGGACUCUAAUGCCCACUUUCCAUCUCAGGCAAUUAGCUAUUAAUUCUUUUGUCAUUUAUUAGUUUUAUGUAAAAUACAAAUUAUUUUUUCCCCUAUGGUUAUGUUUUAAUAAGAAAAUAAGUUAUAGGGAGAGUAGACCCAUUUUAAUGAACCUAUUGAUUUUAAUAUGUUCUUAGUAGGACGAACAUUGUAUACAACUGUUCAGUUUACACACUGUGUAUAUCUGUCCCCGGUUCUUAAAAGUUUUGAAACGAAGAGCAGCUACUUCUGAGCAAAUCAGUUGUUUAUGUCCCACCCCACACAAUCUGCUUUCUAAACAGGCUCCAGUUAAUAUGGGCACCUGUAACAAAAUGUUGCAGCAUGAAAUGAUCCCUGUUCACCAGGCUACUGCAUUUCAUUCCUGCCCCGCUGAUUUUCUGUACUCCCCCCACCUUCCACAAUCGUUACUAUUCUGUGACUACUUGUCCUACCCGACCCACACCUUUUUUCUUUUUCUUAAAGGAAUGUAUAUUCCAGGGUUUUCACUGCAAAACUUUCUGAUAAUGCAUAAAUUCUCUUCUGACCAAUGUACUAUGGAUACCUUGGGAAAACAGAGGAGAAGAUCACAUGAAUUUUCACCAUGUUUAAAAAAUAAUAAUCAGAAACUAAUCUGGAGAACUGCACAAGAUCAGAAAGAUAAAAACUGAAAUUGAAAUUGUUAGAUUCAUCCAUCCCUAUCCAAAUUUUGGUGUCUGCUAGGCAGACUCACUCAAGAGGAUCAGAGGGCAUCCCUUCCAGGGUCCGAUGGGUCUUCAUUAUACGGCCUGUGGUAGGCGGUGAAUCCCCUUCUUUUUUUCCUCUUUUCCCUUCUAGGAGGUGAGAAGAACCUUGCAGAAGUAAGUGGAUCCUGCUCAUCUCCAUUAAUAUCACUCUGUGACACUGGAAAAGGUCCAGGAGGAGAUGACAUAAAACCCGACUCUUCAAGCUCUUAGGAUGUGGCAAAAGGUUCCAAGAAGGGAGCAGGAGCUGAGGUGUGUGUCAUGUUCCUGAACAUAUCCCAGCUGCAAUAUGUAACUUCAAGGUGUCAUUUGGGUUCAUGAUAAGAGGCUAGAAGGAACAUUUUACUUUUGUCAGCAGCAGCAAUCAUCUUUUUCUCCUCCACAUUUUUCUUACAUUUUGUAAGUAAUGCAGCCAAAAUUGAAAAGCUCUGAGCAGGAUGGUAUCACUUGAUUUUAUUUCUCCAUUUGAGUAGAUAUAAGUGAGGAGAUUCAGAGACCUGGGGCUGCUCCUUUGGCCCUCAGAUGUCUGGCUCUGGAGUCCCUAGUAAGGAGAAAUCAUCUGCCCUCUGUGACUCCAUUCCUCUGUGUGUGUCUCUCGGCUUUCCUCCUCUCAAUUGCUUUCUUUUGCUGCACUCAGAAAUUCUGCAAUUGAAUGGGUUAAUGUUUAUUUUCCCCAUCAGGUGUCAGCUAAGGGAGACAUUUAAGAAUCCAAUGGAUUUCCUAUCAAAGUUGAAGAGGCGGAUCUCAAAAUUCUGCAUUAAAAAUCCCAUUCUGUAUGUUGGGAUGAAGGAUAUCAAAGGUAGGAUUACUGCAAGGAUUUUGCACCCGACAAUGUAUUAGUCUGAAAAUUGAACAUCCCAGGCUCUUACUGUGUUUUAUUUACUUUCCCCACAAACAGCAAUAGGAGCAGCAGUUUCCUUCUGGUUAUCCUGGAGGUUUUCAAGGGAAAGACAUUUGUUAGGUUGCCUACAUUGAUUUCUUCUCUCUCAUUUCAAUGUAAGCCUCUGAAAGCCCCAAAUGGGCAAUUCACACGGAGAGAUUCAAAGGAGGACCAUUUUUCUCCUCUUGCCCCCAUCCAUCCCUCCUCCCCUUCACUGCAUAGAAGAGCUGAGUGAAUAUUUUCUGGGCUGUUUUGCUUCUUGUAGGGUGACUUGAUUGACAGGAGGGAUACAAACCUGCUGGGGAAGGAAUUUGUUCUGAGGUGAGCCUGGCAGAAAGGGGGGAGGAUCCCAAUCCUGAAUGAAACGUGAGGAAUCCCCAUUUAUCAGAUAGCAAAUUUGGUUAUUCCGAGUGUUUCUUGGAUCAGGAUGUCCGUCUCUGCCUCUUGGCUGAUUCUGCCUCUCUUCUCUUUCCCUCAUCUUCUCCCCAACAGCAAAUGUCACUCUGCAUCCAGACACAGCCCGUCAAUGGCUCCUCCUGUAUGAGGAUCAGAGCAAUGUCAUAUACAGAGACAAAUAUCUAUUGGUGCCCAAUAAUCCUGAGAGAUUCAACUAUUGGCAUUGUGUGUUGGGACAUCAGGGAUUCACAGCAGGCAGACAUUUCUGGGAGGUCGCAGUGGAAAGUGCAGAAGGGUGGGUUUUAAUGGUCGCCAGCAAGUGUGAGUGGAGAAGGGGCUGCUUCAAGGUAAGGCGUGGGGGAAGGACCUGGUGUGUGAGGAUGGAGGAGGAUGAGUACGAGGUCUCUAACUGCCAUCGUUACUCUCCUCUGUCCCUGAGUGAGAAGCCCAGGAGGAUCCGGGUGACUCUGGACUAUGAAGGAGGAUGUUUGUCUUUCUCUGAUGCUUACUCAGGAACCGAACUCUACACGUUCUCAGAAGACUCAUUCUAUGGAGAGACCCUCCUCCCUUUCAUUUGGCUGUGGGGAAAAGCCCCCCUCAGCAUCUCCUGGGGAGACUAAAUCUGCCUCACAAGCCCGGUUGAAGUUUCUCUCCACACCAGAAUGACUGAGAUGAAAACAUUUGCCAGUUUUGACCUCUUUGCAGAGACCUUUCGAGAGGAGUCACAAUCAGCAGAAAUAAGAAAAGGAACGAAACCCGGGAUUUUCUUUUUCUUUCCUUUUUCCAGAAUUUCAGCCUCCACUAACUUUGACCCACAUUUCAUUGCUCACCUACACCAAUUGUUAAAAUACACACAUAUUCCUAGAAAAUAGAACUGCCGCUCUGGUUGCGGAUUUUUUGGGGUGCGAACAGCACCCCAGAACGGAUCAUGUCCGCAACCAGAGGUACCGCUGUGUCUCUGAAUUCAGCAAAGCCUUUGACUAAUUGUUUUUGGGAUUGCUUCAUAAAUCUUUUGUAUUAACAAUUGGAUUCUCUAUAUCAGGGGUAGCCGAUAUGGUGUCCUGGAUGAUGUCGGGCUACAACUCCCAUCAGCCCCUACCAGCAUGGUCAGGAGUCAGAGAUGAUGGGAGUUGUAGUCCAGCAACAUGGCUAUGUGUGCCCUAUAUAAGUCACAUGCUGUGGUCCCCACCUCAGUUGUGGGAUACACCACUAAUGAGUGUUUUUUUCAGAAUCGGCAGGAUCUCCCCCAACCCCUGGCUUUUGGUAACUGGUUUGAUAUACAGUGGUACUUCUGGUUACGAACUUAAUUCGUUCCGAGGUCUGUUCUUAACCUGAAACUGUUCUUAAUCUGAAGCACCACUUUAGGUAAUGGGGCCUCCUGCUGCCGCCGUGCGAUUUCUGUUCUCAUUCUGAAGCAAACUUCUUAACCUGAGGUACUAUUUGUGGGUAAGCGGAGUCUGUAACCUGAAGUGUUUGUAACCCGAAUUACCACUGUACUGUACUUUAAUCUUUAGAAAGAUGUUGUUUUCUCUCUUGCGGGUUUUUGGUGCUCUGUUAAUUGUUCAUGAUCUUAUGCUGUUUUUAUGGUUUUACAAUAGUUUUUUUGGGGGGUGGGGAGGACAGCUUUUGUAUUGUUUUCAAACAAUUUUAUUUGUAUUUUAUGGAUUUCAAUUGUUGGUUAUUUGGGAUGUAUAUGCCAGUAAAAACAACAACACAGUAUUAAAGAAAAGCUCCAAAAUCUCCAUUGCGUGCUGUUGAGGAGCCCCUCAACUUUUUGUGGGUGUGUAUUGUGAUGUGCCAUUGAUGCAAUUAUAGUGUGUUAGUCAUGGAUUUAUGCUGGACUGUCCACACAUCCAGAAGGGACGUGGGUGGCGCUGUGGGUUAAACCACAGAGCCUAGGACUUGCUGAUCAGAAGGUCGGUGGAUGAAUCCCCGCGACAGGGUGAGCUCCCGUUGCUUGGUUCCUGCUCCUGCCAAGCUAGCAGUUCGAAAGCACGUCAAAGUGCAAGUAGAUAAAUAGGUAUCGCUCUGGCGGGAAGGUACCGGUAAAUGGCGUUUUCAUGCGCUGCUCUGGUUCGCAAGAAGCGGCUUAGUCAUGCUGGCCACAUGACCUGGUAGCUGUACACCGGCUCCCUCGGCCAAUAAAGCGAGAUGAGCACCGCAACCCCAGAGUCGGUCACGACUAGACCUAAUAGUCAGGGGUCCCUUUACCUUUACCUUUAUCCACACAUCCACUGUGCUUCAGUAGCUAUUCUGCAAUAUUUCCAGAAUGUUUCCCUGUUAUUGCCAUUUGGAAGGGCACUCUUGGGCUGCAAUGAAAGAGAAAACCCCAGCAGAACAUUUCCGGCAUGAAAAUUUAUGGGAUUACAACAGGAAGCAAUUGGACAUGGACUGAUAAGAAAUGAAGAACUUAGGACCCCUGCAAUCUUUUGGAGACACAAAAGGCCUUGAAACUGGGAUUGCAUGAGUUCGCAGAGAGCACUAUGCUGAGAUAUAAUCACAAUUACAUAAUAAAAGGAGUAUGUAUAAAUCCUGGGAGUGUUUGCAUUUU